GCUCCAGGGUCUGAUGCUCCGGAGCAGAGACGCUCUCCUUCCCGGGAGGUUAACCUGCAGAUACGACGUUCCCAAAUCGAGGCCGACGCAGUUGCUAGCGACGAUGCUCCAGUCCCAUUACAGCCAACCACCACUACAGCCAUCACUACAACCACCACUACAACCACUCCGAGCAAAGGAAGGCCCUCAGAACCCCACGAAAAUAUUUCCAGCCCAAUCGCAACCAAGAGGGCACGCUUCCGGUCUCCACUAGUGACUUCAUACACUCCACCACCUCCCCGGGAAACCCAGUCAACAGGACGAUCACAAGCCGACGACGACACCGAGUACGAACUUCCCGGGGAUCCCCACGUCACCGCUACAGCGGACGUUUCUAAAGAACAAGAGCGACGUAGUCCGGCCGUUUCGCCCAAGCCGACAAAACCAGAUCCACCUACAUUCUCACCACCGCCAGCUCCCCGAGGUAUGAAACAGGCGCCUCGAACGUUCUCCGAAUUCGUCGAUUUAUUGGAGGAACUCCCAUCUCUUUCUCGACCAAAAGGAAGUAUCAAAGCAGGGCUUAUUGCCGGCAUGGGAGGUACCGCUGCCAGGACCGAACCGCAAACGCCUACACUUAAAAAGUCAAUGCCCAAGGCCCCUAAGAGUGCAAAGUCAGAAGAUCCAGUCACGCAGGCCGAAAUCGAUAUCUAUGAACUUCCAACGGAUGAGGACGAAACCGAGGAUGAAGAGCCUAGACUUCCAGUGAUGCCAAAGGCUGCGAGAAGAGGAGGCAAGAAGAGAACUCCGGCCAAGAAAGCUUUUACCAAGAAAGCUACCGCAAAACCUGAGAAGAGCAAGGUUUUCAAAUCUGCAGAGUUCGUCAUAGAUUCAUCCGAGUCAGAAGCGGAUAUAAACCCCCAGGAACCCGAAGGCUCUAUGCACCUCCAAGAACCUAACGUCAAGCCGAACACCGGAUCUACAGUGGAUAAAGCUGCUUCGGCGGUCAAUAAGACGACAAAAGCUCCUUCCAAUGCUCGAAUGACAAAGGUGCCCAGGCAGGUUGAGUCAAUUGAAGAUAUCCAAUCGCCUACGCAUCUUUCAGAGCCUGAGGCGAAGCUUGCCACCAGAGCUGUGGUACCACCAAAAAAAGAAGCACUUCCGUCCGAAACGAAUACGGGGACAAGUAUUUACGAUUUGCCCGCAGCAGAACCGAAGAAAAAGCUUGUUGAACCGCCGCCGCCACCUCUUAAGAAGAACCCUCGAGCACCAAUGCUAGAGAAGGCGCCGGCACCCAAGAAGAGAGUCAUGGCCAAGAAGAGUGCGCCCAAAUCCCCUGCGAAGCCUAGGGCUGCAGCACCAAAACCGACAACUCGGACAAAAGCCCAGCCGAAGGGGAAGAAGGCUCCCGUGGCGGCGAAGGUGUUACCCACAAAACGGCCAGCAAAGGCAAUGGAAGAAAGCGACUCAGAGGCUCGAGCCCUUGCUCCUGCUUCUAAGAGUAAAGUGAAUUUGGAAACUGGGAAUUCAGUCGGAAGCCCGCAGCACGGAAAUGCCAUCCCAAAUAAAUCGCCUACGGUUUAUGCUACUCCUCCCCAUACCACACCACCCAAAAAGAAGACAAAAAUCACCGACAAUGCCCAAAAAUUACCUCAGAUGAGCACAUCAGAUGGGUCGCCCAAACCAGAGGCCAACAAAAAUACGAUAAGCCCUCUCAUCCCCGGUACCAGUGCCAUCGAUGGAAACGAUCAUCCACCAGCUUUACCUGAGCAUAUGUCUUCCGGUUUAUCGCCAGUUCCGGAGGAAAUUAAGUUGAAUCCUAUGCGUGUCGAGUCGUCCAGCCUGUCACCAGUUCCGGAGGAAACUGAGGGGAACCAUAUGCGUGUCGAGUCUUCCAGCCUGUCACCAGUUCCGGACGAAACGGAUGACGGAACGUUAAUCCCUGGGCGAGACAUAUACCUCAAAGGGAAAAAGAAGGUGGAAGCAGAAGAUGACGCUCCAGAGGUUCCUAAACUUGCCACUUCUAUCGAGGUUGACGGUCAUUUUGAUCCUUUCAAGAAUGUCCGUGAUGUAAAGGAUGUUGAGAGCAAGAAGCAACCUACGCCACCAAAGCCGCCAGUAGUGCGUGAAGCUCCAAUUAAGGCCAUUAGUCCUAAGGAGCUAGUCAAAGAGACUCAGACCGAGGAACCAAAGAAGCAGGGGAUGCAGCAACCACAGAUCAAGGAAAUCGGCCAGAUAGACCGUAGAGACAGCGAGGAAGAGCUAAAGGUCUCUCAUUCUAGCUUCGUUGGUGAUGAAAUGGAAGGGUUGGAAGAGGGCGCCGCGGUCUCCAGGGAUACGGACAUGAAUAUAACUCAUGAGGCUCAGCUUAAAUCUGAAGAGGAGAUUGGUUCGAACCGUUUGUCCGUCGAUAUGGAUGAGCCGGGUAUUUAUGAUAACGCUCUAGGUGACGAUGUUAUCAGGUCCGACCGGCGUGGGUUACUCGUUGUUGCGGGUAGCGAUGAUGAAGACAUCGUCAUGGGCAAUAAUACUGAAAUGGGGGGAAAUAUUACAACGGCUGCCCAGUCUGCAAAUAGACGCACAAAAACGGUCGAUGAUACUGGAAGCCCGUUCCCGAAGUCUAUUUUCUCCCAGAAUGACAUGGAGAGAGCCAAGAAGGAGCCUACUGGCUUUCCAGCUCCGUCUCUUCCGAUCACCAAGGGCGCAAGAUCUCGUGCCCUUUCUUCUCAGUCGUCGUUCGGCUCGCAGUGUCCAAUCGAAGAGGAAGGCAAUUCACGGAAGACUGCAAUUGACCUCACGUUCGAGACGCCAUCCCCAGAGAUACAGCUGAGCUCGCGCCCGCCAAUAGCAAGACUACUACGAGUUGCUACCCGGAUCCAGACGCCCGGGCCUGGUAACUUGACUCGCACCGAGCCAGCCAUAAACCAUUCGUUUGGUGGCAGGAUGAUCAAAUUCGCGGAGUUGGCAAAAUCUGCUAAAGAAAUCCCACCGAAGGAAACUCCGUCCACUCCAGCUCGUCGUCCUCACCACAGGGAGAAACCCGUCAAAGCCGCCAAAAAAUUGACGACUAUUAUUCACGGGGAUUCUCAGAGAGCCUUGGGAGACGGACCAUCUCUGUUGGAAAUUCUAGAGUCAAAGCGGACGACGAAAAUCAAGGAGAAACAAAAUAACGAAGUGAAGAUCGCAGAAAAGAAGGUGGAAUUGAAGCAGAGCAACGUCUCGACAGCCCUAGGAGCUCAGACCACCACCACCAGGGUCAGACGUUUGUUCGAAUCGCCCGGUUUCAUUGCUGUGAGAGGAAAAAUCCCAACCCGAGGGCCCGUGGGAAACCGGGGCAACCGUGGGGGAGAUAUAUCCUAUGACGGUGACGAUGAACGUGGGCCAAGGCGUCGCUACAGCAGCAAUUUGGACGACUCCGAUUCGGACGAGGAAUCUAACAGGUAUUCUUCCGGUGAAACAAACGAGGAUUCCAACUGGCGUGCCGAGCUGCCGGAUUACCACAAGAAGACACUCAGUGUGCUUGAUAAGAUUGCCAAACAUUGGAUUCGCUACCUCAUGUCUGGCGAAGAGAAGGCCCGUGAAAGCAUCGAAGGGUAUGAGAAACUCACUAACGAGGUGGUUUUGAAACUCAAGAGUGCGCACUUGCAAGAAUACAAUAACUUCAAAAUGAAUCUAGAGCUCUUCCGAGAGAAGUUCAUCGCCGAGUGCGAAUUGACCAGACAAGCGUUGGUUGUUACUGUGCAGAAGGAAACAGUGGGCCCGUCCCUUGACCGGGUGAAGCGAGAGCUCGCGGAACGUCACGAUGAACAGAUGAGUGCUGUUCAGAGGCUGAGGGCUCGGAUGGCCAGUGUCUGUUGAGCAGGAUUCGUGCUGAUGCAUUUUUAGAUGGAUAACUGUGGUCUUUACCUUGCUGCGUUUGAUGGUUUACUGCGUUUGAUGGUUUGCUGAAAUUUGAUGAUUUAGGUACUGCGUUUGAUGAUUUGCUGAAGCUUGAUGACUUGCUCCCUUUAUUGCUUACGGAUUGAUUUGUUGAUUUGAUAUUCCCAGAUUUGCUUUUCAUACGGUCCUGGAUUCGUUGGUAUGUACUUAAUCUACGGUUACGUUACAGGAUGAUAGUCUGUUUGCUCGGGGGAGAAUUCUCGAGAAAUACUCCGGGCAGUUGUAGGGAUCGCGGCUGCGGUUUACGGGAUUGUAUUUUGUUGAUGUUUUUGCUGAUGUUUUCGUUGAUCAUAUCCACACUGAACUGAAAUGAUUGUACGUUUUUAGUUACUGGGU